UUUAUAACUUUAUUUAUAAGUUAAUUACGGAACAAAAUGCGAAUAAUAAGCUUCCUAGCUAAAAAAGUCGGUGAUCUCACCGUGAAAUACUCUAAUUUACCAGAGUCCUACGUAAAAAGAAGUUAUGAGCAGGUGUAUUGGAAGAACCCUACGGGGUACCCUCAGUAUCCGAAGGCGCAGAUAGCCCGUAAGAAGUAUCGUUUCACUAUGAACCGUCCAUGGUCGGGUCAGUUCCGCAUGCAGAAUGAACGAAAUGUGCAUAGGAAGAAAGUGUUCUUGGAGCCUGUUGGCGAAUGGAGUUUCUUUAGGGGCGACCGAGUGGAGGUGAUGGUGGGAAAAGACAAGGGCAAGCAAGGCAUAGUGGUGCAGGUUAUUCAGGAGCGCAACUGGGUUGUUGUGGAGGGGCUCAACACACAUCUUAGAACAGUAGGCAGAGACAAGGAGUUCCCGGGAGUCACAAUAAGGUCAGAAGCACCCCUGCUGGUCACCACGGACGUCAAGCUAGUCGACCCCGAGACUCUCAAGCCGACUGAAGUGGAGUGGCGGUUCACUGAGGAAGGAGAGAAGGUUCGAGUGUCGACCGCCAGCAGCCGAAUCAUUCCCAUACCCAAAGCGGCAGAAGAGACUAUAGAUUACAAGAGCAAGGAACUUUAUCUGGAAAACGAAGAAAAGGACACUAAGGCUGCUGACGUCACCAAGAUCACGUUCCAGCCCAAGCUAGCCACAUUUGAGAUGGACAUCAUGGAAUCCAUGGGCAUCAAGGAAGAUCGGAUCCCAGCCAAGACUUACUGGUAUUAGCGUCAGUCAAAUUUGUAGUGUUAAUGUAUAGAAAAUAUAAUGUAUUAUGUGAUGUUCAAUAAAAAUAGAAAUGCCA